AUGUCUUCCAUCUUGUUUUGGGUUUUAAUAAUUCUUUUACUAUUUGGUUUACCAUUUUACAAAUUUAAAGUCUCAAAUACUAAUAUAAUAAAAGAUGUAGACUUUGAAAUUAAGUAUGAAGCAACAACAAAACGUUUGUAUGUUGAAAGUGUUAACAAGGAAAAAUGUGGCAACCAAAAUUACUACAUAAAUGAGAACUGCAAAAUUGUUAGUUCUCUCGGAAAAAUUGAUGAGAAUAAUACCGAAUUGUGUUUAAAUAAAAAAAAUAAAUGUUCGUAUAUUUCAAAUUAUAUUUUUCAAAAUUUGGGUAUAAAGUCAAUUACUAAACGAGAUUUUUCCAAUUUAUUUCAUUCGAAUAGAUCAACUAUUAAAACGCAAGAAAAAUGUAACAAAGAAGUGCACUUAAAUGAAAAAAUAAAAUGUACAUGCUGCGAGAAAGAAAUACCAAAUACUACUGAAGGUGAAGUAGAAGGAAAAGAAAAAGGUACAAACAUAGAUAAUAACAAUUAUUACCACUUUAAGGACUGUAAAUGUAUAUUGCAUUAUGAGGUAGAAUAUGAUGAUACUGUUACUCCUAAUAAAUGUGAAAGUUUUACUUGUACAGAUGGAUUUUGCACUCUUCUAAUAAAUGGAGAGCCAUUUUGUUCUUGUUUUGAUAAUUUUUAUUUUGAUAAAAACAGAAAUGCAUGUAUAAAACAUGAAGAAAAAAAAAAAAAAGACUGCAACCUUGAUUUUGGAAAAAAUAAAAUCAGUUAUUCGCAUCACACCUAUAGCUAUACACCUUUAACUAGUGAAGAUUCGCAAAAUAAUAAUUCCCAAGACCAUUCACUAAAUCGUUUUCAAAGUGUAUUGGAUCCAAAAAACAGAUUAAAUAUAAAUCAUACAUAUAAUAAGGCUUGCCAGGCAAAUCAAAUAAGAAAUGAACAGGGAAAUUGUGAAGAUAAAGACGAUCAUGCAAUAGAAGAUAUUUGCUUUAGAUUAGAAUGUUUUAUUAAUUCUAAUAAACCUGAAUGUGCAUGUGUAAAUAAGAAGAGAGAAAAAAUAGGUAAUAACAUUUUUGAUGUUUCAAAUAUAAAUCUAUGCACACUUAAUAACAUUAAUUGUGAUUACGGAAAAUGUAACAAUUUGUUAAAAAAAGAGGAACUAGGAUGUAUCUGCGAUGAAAACUAUAAAUAUGAUAAAUCUUUAAAAGUUUGCAUUAGCUCCUCCUUAACAGGCCUUUUAAACUAUAUACUUCUUUUAGUGUUAUUUGCUUUAAUUACAAGUGUAUUAUAA